AAGAAGAAGCAGCAGCAGGCGCCCUGGAACCUGGAGCACGCCGUAGCUCAAGUUGCAAUGUAGAAACAGCCAGCUCCUUCUAUCGCACUCCACAGUUUUGGGGUCUGUUUAAUAGCACCGGGCCACAAUUUAUUUGCAAAACGCCUAAGAUAGAAUUUUGGAGCGAAUAUGGCUACUACGGAAACUGGGAAUGGACACGAACAUGUGAGCACCAAUCAAGUCUCGUCUGCAGGAGUCGCUGGCGCGGUAACAGAGGGGACAGACACAGAAUCCAUGGAGAAGCAACCAGAUGCAUCGCCGGAUGUUGGAGAAAUAGACCAUAGAUUUGCUGAUGAGAAAAACAUGCAAACCGAAGAAGCACAAUGUGAAGAGAAGGAAACUAAUGCAAUACAACCUGAUGAAUCCGAAUCUCUAUCACAGGAUUCUGAAACAGUCGAGAAUUUUGAGGGUGAUUCACAGAGCACAGCAACGUACGAAACAGAGGAGAAAAUUGAGGAAGCGUUAGAGGAAAAGGAAAAAAAUGCUGUACUGCAGGACAAAGAUACAGAGGAAAGUCUAGGAGGAUCAACUGUUGAUGACGAAAUGCACAUGAGCACAACGUCUGAUCCUGAGAAGGAUGCAAAUAAUAUUGAUGAAAACAUGGACACAGACACUAAGGAGGCUGACAGCACGCACCAAGAGAAGACUGGCUGCAAAGUUUCCACAGCAGAUGAUCUGGAUGAGAUGAUGGACAUAGGGACGGUGGAUGAGAUGGAGCAGGAGGCUCAGAUGAAAGAUGAGGACACAAGCGGCUGGGCAGACACGGAAGGGAGUUCUUCGCCUGCUGUUUCAAACCCAGUCCAGGCAGCAGAAGAGGAGAACGACACUAUCAAGGAGGAAACUGAUGACAAACCUCCGUCUUUUGAUUUGAUGCAAUCAAACUCAUCCAGUUCACCUGAAACCACCACGAACACAGGCGAAGAUCGUUCAUCACCACCUUCCAAGCUGAAUGGGACGAAGGCCGCCAAACCUUCCCAACCCAGACCAGAGCCUAUGAGGUUGCGUUCUUCGUCUCGGCUAGCCAAGUUGUCUUCUUCACCGCCUGUAGUUCAGGUGAAGGACGAGCCGGUGGACGAAGAGUACGAUCAAGCUUUAAUAUCCUCAUCGACUGCGAGUGUGAAAGAUGAGGACACAGAGGAGGACCUGAGGAUUGGAUCGGUCUUCUCUGUACCUCCAGCUGCUGAAACGCAGAUGCUGCCCAUCGUGAACCCUCCGUCCAUGCACAUGUACUGCUUCAACUGCAAGAAGAGCCUGCAGAAAGGACAGACGGCUUUCCAGAGGAAAGGCUGCCCGUCGCUCUUCUGCUCCACCGCCUGUCUCAACGCAUCUGUCUCAACAGGCAAGGGAGCCUCCAGAAAUGACAACAGCAUCUGCUUCAACUGCCAGAAGUUGAUAUUUCGGCCUCAGGACGUCAUCCUGGCUCCAGAUGGUAAAGGAGUCAUGAAAGACUUCUGCAGCCAAAGCUGCCUGACCUCCUUCAACUACAAGAAUAAAGCUGCAAGCUACAGAAAAGCUGCUGCCGCUGCAGCCGCUACAGCGCCGCGGGCUGUCGGACUCCGGCCGCUCUGCAGCAUGUGCACCAGAUACUGUGUGAGUAAGCACGAGGUGAUCCUGAGCGGCUCUGUCCACAAACUCUGCAGCGACUCUUGUUUCAACCGUUUCCGAGCUGUGAACAACCUGUCGAUGGCCGGCUGCGCCAACUGCGGCUCGUACUGCCACAGCAAACCCGUCAUGCUGAAGAUGGAGGAUUGCAGCAAAACACUUUGCAACGCAGAGUGUUUGGCUAAAUACAAAGAAAAAACCAAAGUAAACCAGCCUUGUAAGAUGUGUAACACCAUCCGUCUGUUAGGAGACAUGAUUGACAGCAAAAACAGCGACGACUCGGUGAAUCUCUUCUGCAGCAGCAGCUGUGUCAUGGCUUUCAAAGUCCAGACUGUUAGUUCUUCAGGUUCUCGGGUCCAUUGUGACAGCUGUGGAGUAAACACUGUGCCGGCCUAUCACUUGGCCAUGUCGGAUAUGUCCAUCAGAAACUUUUGCACUCUGGCAUGUGUCAUGUCGUUUCAGGAUAAGUUUAAGAAAUCCCAGAACCACAUGAAUGUUUUUACGAAGCUGCCUGUCGGGUCCACCCAAGUCCAGAAUGUCUCCUCCACCCAGCCAAAGCAAGACGCCAAAGGGCUGCAGAAGCUAAACUGCCUCCAUUGUUCGCGGAGUAUCACUUUUAAACCCGAAAUCAUCGAGAUUAAGGACAAGAUCAUUUUUCUGUGUAGCGUCGACUGUUCACUUGAGUUCAAGAAGUCCAACUGUGUCGUGGGCCUGUGUGAAUACUGUAAAGAAGAGAAGAUUGUCAGAGAAGUCAAGAGAAUCAACAACAAGAACUGCUGCUUCUGCAGUGAUGGCUGCAAGCUCCUCUUCAGACACAAUCUGACUAAAUCCUGGGGGAAACACUGUCACUCCUGCGUUUACUGCCACUCUGUCUCAAAAAGGCUUGUUACGGCGCAGUAUGGAGGCUUGACAGAGGAGUUCUGCUCCGAAGAGUGUCGGUCCAAAUACACCAUGCUCUUCUGCCAUGUUGAGAAGUGUAACACCUGCGGCCGUAAAGGGAAGCUGAAGCAGAGUCUGAGUCUGCUCCGUGAAGUGAAACAUUUCUGCGACCUCAGCUGCCUGCUGCAGUUCUGCUACAAUCAAGUGGCCACGCAGGGCAAAAUCCUGACUGCUGCUCCGGGCAAAGACACUCCCGUCAUCGCCAACGUCAUCUCACUAGCCGGUCCUCCAUCCAGAAAAUCUGAUUCCUCUGAAGGACAGAAAAGUACAGUGUCGAGCAAGCAGUCAAACAACACUGGAAAUAUCAGUAUUCAAACAGAAACUGUGAAGACUCAUCCUCCUUCCCCCGCCCCACAAAAAAUCCUCAAGAACAAAGCUCUGCUGUGCAAGCCGCUGGUGCAGAACAAGGGAGUUUCCUGCAAAACUCAAACGGUUGAUGUUGAGGCACAGACAGACGACCUCUUCCCUAAAAUCCUGGUUUUGCCUGUUCCGGUGCCGGUUUAUGUUCCUGUACCCAUGGGGAUGUACAGCCAGUGCACCCCCAAUCCUGUGGGCCUGCCCGUUCCGAUGCCUGUACCGAUGUUUCUUCCUGUGACAAUGGACAGCGCUGAGCGCAUUGUAGAAACUAUCCAGGAGAUCAAGCAGAAGAUACCGACUGAUCCGUAUGAGGCCGAGCUCAUCCUCAUGGCUGAGAUGGUGGCAGAGCAAGAUGAGAAGAACAACAAACAGAAAGCAAAUCAGAGAGAAAAGGCAGCAGACAAACAAGGACCAGAAGCUCCAGCCUCUGAUGAUCAUGUCAGCAACUACAGUGACGACUUGGAUACAGAAGACUUGGAAAACUUUCUCAACAACUGGGAGGACGCCUCUUCUGACACGGGCCUCCGAUCACCCAGCGGACAGAACAUUGCAGAGAAGCUGAGCCCGAUGAUGGAUGUUUCUGUGGGACAACCGAGGGAGCCUUCCCCCGAGCCCCAACCUCCAGGCCCGCCUUCGGGCCCGCCUCCCAUGGACAUCGAAGCAGAUUUUACCAUUGAAACUCUGGAGAAGAUGGCCCAACUCAGGGAGCAGUCACCGAAAGCUGACAGUCCUCCACCUGCUGCUGGGCGAAGACGACAAGCUCAAAGGAAAGCCAGAGACAAGAGGGGUAAAAAGUUGCAGCGCUAUUCAAAGUCUUCUGAUGAGACGAAUCGGAGAGGCUCCCCUGUAAACCCAGGGGCUAUAAACCCUAAACUGAGGAGUCAGUAUGGGAUUGAUGCGUGGAAGAGAUGGAUCCAGUGGAGGCAAACUCAGCCCAACCUGGAGAAGCCUCGCUACGGCCCACAUGUCAUGGAGCUGAAGGAGGACAUUCUCCACUGCACCACUGCUGAGCUCAGCUACGGCCUCUGUUGCUUCAUCACGGAGGUGAAACGACCGAACGGAGAGCCCUACUCCCCCGACAGCCUCUUUUACCUCUGCCUCGGCCUUCAGCAGUACCUAUUUGAGAACGGUCGUGUGGAGAACAUAUUCAUGGAUCGCUUCUACAGCAAGUUCUCUAACGAUUUUACAAACAUGCUGAGAGUCUUCAAACCAUCAAUCACAGCCAGUGGAUACAUUCAUUCCCGUGUGGAGGAGGAGUUCUUGUGGGACUGCAAGCAGCUGGGAGCCUACUCCCCCAUCGUCCUCCUCAACACUCUGCUCUUCUUCUGCUGCAAAUACUUUGGCUUCACCACGGUGGAGGAGCACCGUCAGUUGUCUUUUGCACACGUCAUGCGCUGCACAAAAACCAAUGCCAACAACACCAAGACCACGCUCCUGCGCUUCUACCCGCCCCUGUCUAUCACAGAGGCAGAAUCAGAUCCAGAGGUUAUUGCAGCAAAGAGGCGACGAGAGGAGGAGAAUAAGGAGGACAUCUUGGAGAUGAUGGAGAACGUGGAUAAUCCUCUUCGCUGCCCAGUCAGACUUUAUGAGUUCUACCUCUCCAAAUGCUCGGACUCGGUGAAGCAGCGCACCAACGUGUUCUACCUUCACCCGGAGCGCUGCUGCGUCCCCAACAGCCCGCUGUGGUUCUCCUCCGUCCCGCUGGAUGACCGCACCAUGGAGGCCAUGCUGGUGCGCAUCCUCACCGUCAGAGAGCUGCAUGUGAAGGAGAAGAGGAAACCCGAGGCGGAGAGCACCAAGUGCAAGGAUCCACCUUCUUUACCUGAGGAUGAGGAGGACGAGGAUUCAGAGUGAGAAGAACAGAAGUGACCUUCAGCUGGUGUUGAAACCAGUGGUGUAAAUGUUUGUACAUUAGUUGGAAAGUCCAUUGAAGUGUUGCACACAAAACAUAAACAGACUGCAUAAAUUCACAAGUAGUGGUGCUGACCAGCAAGAAAACAAAAAAAGCUACUUCCACAUGUUGAGCUAGACUGACGAAGCUCUUCAAACGCACAGAGCUCGUGCUGGAGGAACCUAAUUUUCCCUAAAUGUGUGUCGACAGUAUCUUGGAUCAUAUUACACAGAAAAGAAAUUACAAACCUGAGUCCCAUAGAGCAGCAGAGACCGCUUCACCUGCAGAAACACUACAACAGAAUAUCUUUGAAAAUAAGUCGUCUUCGGGGUUCUGUAUGUCUUUGUAUGUGGACAGAUGAACCGACAGGCUUCAGGACACUGGAGUGUAAAUGAUACUGACGAUUUCACCUUAAAAAAUGCUAUUUUUAUGUUUUGUGCUUCUGAUUGCUAUUCUUGUAGAUUCUACACAUCGUUUUGUGUUUCACAAUCUUUUGAAGUUUAUUUGAUUUUCUGUGUCGUUCAGUUUUUCAGUGUUUUGUUGUUCUUGGUGCCAUUAUAUCCGUUUGCAGCCAUUUUCCCAUUUUUGCUUACACUUUUUUUCUUUUUUUUUUUUACUGUCUCUUGGGAAUCUGCGUUUUAGUGGAAUAAGUAACUGAUCCACUAAUGUGGAUUUGAAUUUGAUUUUCUGUCAAUGUUGCUGUUCCCACCAUUUAGUGUAUAACAUCAUAAGCUUCCGUUUUCUGUUUCUCAGAAUUGUUUGAGGUGUUAAACUUCUUAAAUACUUAACCCAAAGUUUUAUGUUUAGCUAAUUGGAACAGAUGCAAACUCUCAUCUUGAAAUUUUGAUGUCUUGCCUCUGAAAGUUGUGCCGAGAAGAAACCCUAAACCUCAAAGCACAUUCAAUCGGUUUACCAAUAUCACAUUUAGCUUACUUGCUAAACUCUGUUCUUUUCAGUGGUUGGAUCAUUCUUAGUUAUUUUACCAUACAUAGCUAAUAUGGUCUUGAAAUAUAGAUUUAAAGUUUCUUUGUUCAUGUAAUUCUUCAGUCUGAAUCUAUGACUGUAUUUUGAAAUAUUCUCUGCAAGUUAUAACCUGGAAAGUGUGAAACUGUGGGGCAACUAUUUUGAACAUUUUAGAAGGGAAAAAAGUAUUUCCUGAGAAAUUUUGGCAUCAGGCAUCAUUGAAAUUGGUUUGGUUUUUUGUACAUUGGAUGAAAUUUUCGAGACUCUUCAGCACCGGUAUGUUGUUGACGGCUGACAUGCUUGUGUUUUUGUUUGGUAGUGGCAGUGUUCCAUAUUGGGGUGAUUGGGAACGUUGUUAUGAGCUUUAGCCACUGACAGUUGGAAAACAUUUUUAUAAAGAUGAAACAGCUGAACCUUACAACUCUGAGAUGAUGUCAUGGAAUGAAUAUAUUGCUAAAAUAAUUGCCAUUUGGUGCGCAGUGAUACUGAAAAACAGUGAUUGCUAUGGAAAGUUGUAGAUGAUCAAAAAUGAGAGGAUGUUGGUGGGGGUUUUUUUUUCUUCUUUAAAAUAUGGAUUAAGCCGAGUAUGGUAGGUCAAAAAUCCUCAGCUAAUUUCACACACUGUUCCCUUUCAUCACCAAACUCCCUGUGCCCAGAAGUCCUGUUCAGCAUCUGUCCAUGUAUCUGUCAACCAUAUUAAUCUCUGGUUUAGAGUAAAGCUGCAAAUGUUCAGAGUGUUUUAUAUUGUCUGUUUCUUUCUAUUAAAAUAAAA